AUGACGAUUGAUGAAGUCGACGACACGAACACUUAUGAUCAGGAACACAAGGCGUCCAAGCUCCAGACCUUAAUAGAAGUUCUGAGAUGUGAGCUUGGAAGGCCCGUACGAUCUUCACAUACUGGAUUCGAGCCUACGAAGCAAUGGACGACGCUCUAUUAUGCAGUAUAUCACAACCGGGAAGCUGCACUAUUACAUUUCCUUCGAGCAGGCCAAACCCCAGACGGAACGCCAGCUGCUCAGCCCCCACUGUGCGUUGCUGUUACAGCCGGGCAUGCUGGCAUUGUCAGGAUACUCUGCGAAGCGGGCGCAAGCAUCAAUGCGGGAUGUAUCCACAGCGGAGAGACCGCUCUUCACCUGGCCAUUAAAGCUGAUCGCAUCAAUUUGCUCGACAUUCUUUUCCGCUUCCAGCCCGACAUUAACGCUCGAACGUUGCACACGCAUGAGACGCCACUUCACUACGCCGCAGCCAAAACUGGGUCCGCCGCCGCCGUUACUGCACUUCUCAGCCACGGAGCGAACUAUGAAGCCCUGGACAGCCAUGGAUACAGUCCAGCUGAGGUUGCUCUCAAGGCAAGACAUCUCGAUACAGCCGUUAGGAUCAUCCGAGCUGCCGGUAGAAAAGCUCAUAAACUUACGAAAGAGAGGCAAUGGCUUCUGAGCCAGAUUCUGGAAUCCCGAGGUCAGUCAUCCCUGGGUGCAGACUUGAUCGCAGAAGCUCUCAAACUUGCAUGCCCUCCCGACUCCAGUGCCCUAGUAGAGGCUAUCAAGACGCGCGACGUGAGCCUCGUUAGGCUCGUUCUUGACAAAGGCUCCAACUCCAACGAGGCGACUGCAUCUGGUCUCUUUCCUAUCUUCGCAGCAUUCAAUGCUUGUAGCGCACCCAUCGUACAAGCCCUUGUGGAGCACGGCGCGGAUGUCACGUUACGAAACCCACAUGGGCCAAACGUGCUCCAAGCCGCACUUGCAAGUCCUUUGUCACGCGACAAAGAAGCGAUCACAACAGUCUUCGAGUUGCUGCUGUCUCGAGGGGCUGACGCAAGUACGAAUUACUCUGAUGACACAACGCUUCUCCAUCGGGUCGUCAGCGCAGAUAGCAAUGCGGUGAAGUUAUUGCAGCUGCUUUUGAGACACGGUGUUCCCGUCGACUCACAAGACCGAAACGGGAACACUGCGUUGCACGUCGCUGCGGCGUCGGGACCUUGCGUUGCGAUGCUCCUGAAGCAUGGUGCAGAUGCAACCAAGAUCAAUAGCAAGGGCCUCACACCACUUCUCGGUGCUACUAAAAGUGCGACAAGCGAAAACGAGCCGGAUCUCCGAGAGCUGAUCAAAGCAUCCGAUAGGGGUGCAUUUGAUGCGGCAGGAAAGACUGCUCUGCACUUAGCUGCUCAAAAUGGGUUGACAAAGACAGUAAAACUACUGCUCGACGCUGGCGCUGACACAAAAUCAACUGAUACGAAGAAACGAACUCCGCUUUUGCUGGCUGUACACAACAAUCGAUGGGAAACCGUAGCCCUCCUUGCUGCACAACCAGGCAGCAACGGAUGGGACGAGAACGGACUUACAGCACUACAUCAUGUUGCUAUGAAGACACCAAAGGGACCAUCGACGUGGGAAGAUAUCGCUGCCGCCGCAUCCUCAUUUUGUGAAAAGGGCGUCAGCCGAAGCAUGCGAGACCAGACGGGCUCGACGCCUCUCAUACAGGCGGCCAAGACCCUCCCUGAAGAAGGCUUGCCUGUGCUUGAAGCGUUGCUUAUCAAGAAAGGCUCGGAGAGAAGUAAUUGUGUUGCACACGAGGACCAUGAUCAGCGGAAUGCUCUGUACUAUGCGGCAAACUCGGGCAAAGCGUCAUUCGUCGAAGCGCUUCUGAGGCAUGGCAGUCCUUUUGAGUUGCACGAAUGGCGACAGACGGAUAAUCCACUCGGACCAGAAACCGUGAUGAACAAGCGAAUCCUGAAGCUCUUUGCGGAGCACGAAUGGAUCCGACGUAUGGGGAGUCUGCACCGGCAGUCGAGCACUGCCAAAAACGAGGGGGUGCUAUCUAAAUUGCUGCCGAUCCGAGAUCUUAAAGACUUACUUUCAAUGGGGCUCGAUCCCAAUCGUCUACCAACAGUCAAGCUUUCGGAUUCACUUCUUUGGACACUUUUCGAUCACGGCGUCUCUGCGUCGAAUCUCCUCUCAAAAUACGUCUACGAUUCUCUGGAGCUGAUCUUCGAAUUCGGUGCCAAUCCAAAUGCGAUGGCGAACCGGAAGCCUCCUCGCACACCAAAUAUGCGUAACUCACAGCAGAUGCAGCUGGCGGUGCAUCCGUUUACGCACAUUAUCGAACAAUGUCCGCGGGUAAGCUUGGAGUUAAUCUUACUCCUGCUCGAUAAUGGCGCAAAACUGUCCAUAAUGUCACCACUUUAUGAUGGCAGAUUUCCACUCCAUUCCGCCGUGCGAGUGAAUCGCAUCGAUAUCGUAGACGGAAUGCUUCUCAGGAAGGUCGAUGUGGACUGCAGAGACCUGAGACAGCGCACACCACUCUUCCUUGCAGCGGAAGACGGACUGGUCCAGAUUGUGGAUAUGCUGUUACGCUCGGGCGCGGAUAUUGAUGCUGUCGAUGUUGAAAGUAAUACUCCACUUCAUAUGGCGGCAGCUACUGGCAAAACGCAUUCCGUCGCGUGCUUACUUCGCGCUGGCGCAAAAGCCAUCUUGGAGAAUUACAGGGGUCUUAAGCCAUUGGACUGCUUGCCGGACAAGCUGCCCCCCGCUGCGAAAGACGAAAUCACGGUUUUGCUGCAGCAGGCCGAAAUGAUCGAGCGUCGAAAG